AGUGCUGAAGGUACUAAGUGGAAAAAGACAUGACUGUGGGCAGCCUCAGUCAAGGAAGGCUUAAUGGAGCUUAUCCGAGAACAGCAAGCCAGUCAUGCACAAGGAGCUGAGGGAAUGAGACAUUGGACAGACUUCCAGCUGAACUCUCAUCUCUCAACACUGGCAAAUAUUCAUAAGAUCUACCAUACCCUUAAUAAGCUAAAUCUAACAGAAGACGUUGGCCAAGACGAUCACCCAACAGGAAGCCUGCGGUCUUGCAGUUCCUCAGACUGCUUUAGUAAAGUGAUGCCGCCGAGGAAAAAGAGAAGACCUGCCUCUGGAGAUGAUUUAUCUGCCAAGAAAAGUAGACAUGACGGCAUGUAUAGAAAAUAUGAUUCAACUAGAAUAAAGACUGAAGAAGAAGCCUUUUCAAGUAAGAGAUGCUUAGAGUGGUUCUACGAAUAUGCUGGUACUGAUGAUAUUGUAGGUCCUGAAGGCAUGGAGAAAUUUUGCGAAGACAUUGGUGUUGAACCAGAAAAUGUAGUUAUGCUUGUCCUAGCUUGGAAAUUGGAUGCACAAAACAUGGGUUAUUUUACUCUGCAGGAAUGGUUAAAAGGAAUGACUUCUCUACAAUUCGUUUGUUCAGCAAGUGUUUGGAUGGCAGCGAUGUGCCAACUGCAGUAUUCUACAUCCUGGGGAAAUAAAACUCACGAGCAAGACAGUCCUUUUGGGGCAGGGGCUCGGAAGCAAAGUUCAGCCAACAGAUCCAAAAAUAAUAAGGCCACUUCUCUUUAUGCUUCUCGAAUUGAUUACAUAAGUACUGUAUUUGUAAGGUGUCCACACCCGGUAAAUAAGAAUACUCAGAGACGAAUAUGCUCUAGAGAUACAAAGUAGUCUGUCUACUGAACUGCCUGUUUUGUCUUCUAGUUUGGGUUUUUGUCUUUUUUGCCCUUUUUUUGGUUUCAUUAAACCUGUCCAGUGAAGUGUUUUGAGCUCAAUCUGGAAUUAAAGUGUAUGUGACAAUCCCUGUAUUUAUAAUAGAAUAUCUGAUUAAGAUGCUAAGUUUGAAGAAAAUGGUUACUGGACAGAGGGAGUGGAGACUAUGCUCUGCUGCUCCCUGGGUGGCUCUGGCCGCACAUCUAGAACCAGGAAAGGGAAGCGAUGCUCUGUGACUCCCACCUGGGCUCUCAGAACUCCGUCUCCUGGACACUGGGGAGGGGAGCGAGCUGUGUGCAAGCCCCACCAGGGCCAGUGUUUUGGAAGUGCCGGAAGGAGUGACGCAGGGCAUCUGGCGGGGGUGGGGGGGCGGUACGUUCAUUCCACGUUCUGUAGCUCAUUCUCAGUCAGGAGAAGGCACAACUCAUUUCAGUGGACUGUUUGUUUUAUCGCCUUGCUCCAACACGUGGGUUUAAGGUUACUUCUAAUGAAUCAAACUUAUAAAGCUGUUUAAGCUAAACGAAAGUGUGUUAGACUUGUAGCUUACUUUGCAUGGACGUGAGGAUUGGCUGGAAAAAUACCUUUGGCUAAGUGAAGGGGUGAAGGCCUUUCCCCAGGGAAUGGAGAACUCCUUUUGGUUCUAACCUUUGGUGCUUACCGUCCCGAUUUCUGGUGCUUCUGAAUCUGUAACAGGAGCAGAAGUCACGGAAGAAACGAUGCCACAGUAUGGCCACGUUUUGUUUUGGAAAACAGUGCUCUUGAGUGGUGUGGCACUAUGUCAGUCAGAAACUAACAGGAGUUUUCUUACGUGUGAUACACCGGAAAGCGGGGGUGGGGAGGGGGGAGGGGGCAGGGGGGAGGCUGAAGAUGUGGCUGCUUCCUGAAGUCCCGGGCUGGUUUGCUUCAACUUCCCGACAAGCCAGUUUCUUCACUUGAUCUUGUUGAGUGGCCACUAGAUGGCAACCUGUAGUUCGGACUGGGUGACUCAGAGGCGUGUUCCCUGCUGGGGGUCACUCCAGAGGCUCUGUGGGUCAGGGCCCUCCCCCCCCCCCCUUUUUUUUAAACGUUUAUGUAUUAUUGAGAGACACAGCAUGAGCAUUGGAUGGGCAGAGAGAGGAGACACAGAAUACGAAGCAGGCUCUGAGCCAUCAGCACAGAGCCUGAUGCAGGGCUCCAAUUCACAAACCGCAAGAUCAUGACCUGAGUCGAAGUGGGACGCUUAACCGACUGAGCCACCCAGGCGCCCCGGGGCAGGGCCCCUUUUAAAGCAGAUUAAACUCUUUAUUGAUGGUAAUAGCUCUGACAUGUGUAACUGUCUUUAUUACAUACGUGAAGUGAAAAUUUUACUUUGGUAUUUUGUGCUUUAUACUCCAGACAGGAUCUCUGGGCGUCUUAAGACAAAUGAAAACGUCUUUCAGGGGACAUCUUUUGCCAGGGUGGCAGCUAGACUCCCAGGCAUGCUAACGAACUUCCAUUUUGCCUUGCGGUUCUACCCAAAGACUCAUGGCUACUUUAUUUUCUUUUAGCUAUGUAGCAGAUGUCUAAAUGAGUGCUCUCUGCCCUUGAAUCUGUUGAAACAGACAUCUGUUCUUCUUCCUCUCAUUGGACAGGACUAAACUAAACCCCCUGCCAAAAUCUGGCCAAUUUCCUGUGGCUUUGGUCCUUAACCUUCCUUUUCCAGUGAAGAGGAGAGACCUCGGCCUUAAAUGUUUCAGGGUUAGCUGCUUUCUCUCCUCUUUGACCCUCUGCCAUAUUGUUAAUAAAGUAUCAUUAGUUAUUUAUGUAUACAGUAAAAAAUCAAACCAUACAGAAGAGUCCCCAGUGCAGAGAAGGCUCUGCUCCCUUCCUGCUUCCUGGACUCCAACUUCCUGCUUUCUCAUGUGCCCUGUUAGCUUCUACCAGCCCUCUUUUGGGGGUUGGCGCUAGAUCUCUAACUAGGCUAUUGGCAUCUCUCUUUUUUUUCUUCCGCAGCCUUUCUCCACAGAGAUUCAGAGUGAAUUUUUCAAGAUGCAAGCCUGAUUGUGGUCUCUCCCAUGGUUGGAGGUGGCUUCCAGUGUUUCUAGGAUUCAAUUUAAAAAACAAAAAACAGUAUGGACCACAAAACCCUUUAUGGCCUGGCCUCACCUCCCUUUCAGCCUUAUCCUGGAACCACUUCCCCUCUUACUCUCUUCUGUUUGGUCACAGUGGGUUUCUUUAGUCUUUGAGCUUGGCAUGCUCCCUUCUGCCACUGGGCCUUUGCGCAUGCUGUUCCUUUUAUCUGGAAAACCCUCUGCUCCAGAAAUAUCCUGUUUCUGCUCGUGGCCAUUAGCUAACAUUUCAGUCCCUUAAAGAAGCCUUUUCUGACUUCUUAAAACAGUUUUUUUUUUUUUUUUUUUAACAUUUAUUCAUUUUUGAGAAACAGAGCGCAAUUGGGGGAGGGGCAGAGAGAGAGGGAGACACAGCAGAAUCACAAGCAGGCUCCAAGCUCUGAGCUGUCAGCACAGAGCCUGACGCGGGGCUCGAACUCACGAACUGGGAGAUCAUGACCUGAGCCGCAGUCAGAUGCCCAACCGACUGAGCCACCCAGCCGCCCCUGCCUUUUCUGACUUCUAAAACAGUCUAAUUAUUAUCUUUUUCAGUUUUCAAACAUCCAGAAGAAAUACAGCACAUUCUAAAUUGUUGUAGAUUCAUAGAAGUGAAACAUUUACUCUAAUUUUUGACUUUUAGGUAUUUUAUUAUCUCAGUAGAUUAUGGGGACUAUUUUGUAGUUAGCUACAAAAAGAAACCUUUACAAAUUUAUUGCUAAAGAUAGAUCAGUGUGCUGAUCUAUGAUGUGAACGUAUGAACGGUAUUUUAGUUUAUAAAGUAUAUAAACUGUUUACGUUGAUAAUACUUUUACUGUGUAUUACUUAUGCUUAGUGGUAGGUGAAAGCCCUACAGGGAACACAAGAAAGCACGUCCAGCAUUGAAAAGCUUUGAUUUUGCUGAUGGAAAUGGUGACUCUUGGUUCUCAUUUUUAAGGGCUAGAUACGAGGAACAGAAAAUUAGUUUGUAAAAUUAGCCAAUCAGUCUGCUUCCUUAGGAAAAAUAAACAGUGUGUCCCUUAUCUGUAAAAACAGGUUUUCAUCACCAAAGCUCCCUGGAGAUAUAGCUGAUUUCAAGUCUAGGGUAGAGAAAGUACAAGGUGAGCUGGAAUAUCUUGUACCAUAAGCAAGGACGUGCUCAAAGACUGAUGGCACAUGUCAGAAGGACACUGGCACCAGCUUGAAUGGGCCACUGCCCAAAUGAGGACGAUUUGUGCACCAAAAAGAAUAAAGGCGGUAAAAGAUUAUAACACUGAAUCAAAAGCAAAAAUCUUUAAGUCCAGAAAACGCGAAAGGUGGUGCGUAGAACUCUUCUUUAUAGAAUAACUUCAGCCGGUGAGGGUGGUAGAGUCCGAAAAAUCACCGUUUUGCAUCUUCAAAUGCAAAGCCAAUUCAGGUGGUAUCACCAGUGGAGGCUAAAACCACCGGAUGGAAGGUUGUUUGGGAACAAGAUUCACAGUCUCAAGAUAUCAUCCCACAGAUUACAUACUGUUUCAGAGGAGGGAAAAUACCUGUUCAUGGAGAAUCUGGGGGAUGUUACCUUAACUGAAUGAGUCCAUUUACCGUGGCUCCUAAUGGGACAGACUGACGUUACAAGUCCUCUCAUGGGGUGCACUGAGAAGGGCCUCACAAGCAGUGUUGUCAGAACCAUUUAGCUUAAGUAUAAUCAGAGGGAAAUUAUCUGACAAACGGAGAUUCUACAAAACAACCGUUCUCAAAAAUGGCAUUGUCAAGAAAGAAGAGAGGUGACACCCUUCUGGAGACUAAGGAGAUAUGACCACUAAAAGCAAUGCGUGAGCCUUGAUUGGAUCCUGGAUCAAGAAAAAGCAUCUGUGAAGAAAAUUGAGGGAACACUGGGGAACUUUGUAUAUGGGUUGUGUAUUAGCUAAGAAAGUUUACACUGGUAGAAUAUUAGGAGUGAUGAUGGUAUUUAAGUGUUCAGGAGUGAAGUGUCAUCAUGUUAGUAAGUUACUUUCAAGUGGUACGGAAAAAAGUGCACACGAGAGCACAAAUGUGACAAUGUGUGUUAUGAACUGAGGGGAUGGGUAUAUGGGUGCUUGUUCAUUAUUCUUUCCGUUUUUCUGUACAUUUGAAAUUUUUAAAAAUCAAAAACGUAGGGAAAUGGGUCAUCCUGAAUGUGUUGCAACUCCAGGGUUUUAUUGUCUUUUGGUAUUCUGUUUCAUGUUACUGCCCCAGUUAAGAAAAAAAAACUCAGGUUAUAAUUUGCCUUUAUUC